AUGGAUCAAGUAAACAUACAGUCUGGUCUUGGCACAUGCUUGGAAGGAACUUCAGUCUUGAACAAAACAGAGACCUGCUAUAUCCACACAGUGCCUGUGUCAGAAAUCAUUGCUGUCAGAGAAAUAGAAAUUGAUGAACAUAAAGAUGAUGGAAAAUGGCAAAAGAUAUCCAAGCCUAUGGCCUUCAAAGUGUAUUUUGUGAGAAGGGCACGACAGCACCGCUGGCGGUGCAGUGAAGUAAAGUUUUGUAGCAACAAUGAACAACUGUGCAACCAGUGGGUGCAAGCACUUAGAGAGCAACUUGACAAGCAGACAUGUAGACCAAAGCGCUUAAUUGUAUAUAUUAAUCCAUUUGGAGGAAAAAAACAAGGCAAGAAAAUCUAUGAGCGGAAGGUGGCACCACUUUUUAGUUUAGCCUCCAUCUCCACUGAUGUGAUUGUAACAGAAUGGGCCAAUCAGGCAAAGGAGAGUUUACUUAAAGGUGAAGUAGAUCUAGACAUGUAUGAUGGUAUUGUCUCUGUUGGAGGAGAUGGCAUGUUCAGUGAGAUAAUGCAUGGCGUAAUUGGAAGAACCCAGAAGAACUUGGGUAUUGACCAAAAUGAUUCCAAAUCGGAACUAGCCCCAUGUAAUAUUAGAAUUGGUAUUAUUCCUGCAGGCUCAACCGACUGCGUUUGCUAUGCAACAGUUGGCGUUGUUGACCCUGUAACAUCAGCGUUGCACAUUAUUGUAGGUGACGGACAGCCAUUAGAUGUUUCAUCUAUUCAUCAUAACAACAGUUUUCUGAAAUACUCUGUUUCAUUGCUGGGAUAUGGAUUCUAUGGGGACAUAUUAACAGACAGUGAAAAAAAUCGAUGGAUGGGUCCUACCAGAUAUGACAUUUCAGGAGUAAAAACUUUCUUUGCUCAUCAUUCCUAUGAGGGCACAUUAUCAUUUCUGCCAUCAUCAAGUACUUUAGCAUCUCCAAGGGACAACAGCAGAUGCAAAGCAGGCUGCUAUGUUUGCUGGAAAAGUGGGCAGCAACUGCCACUUUUGCAAGAAGAAGAAACUCAUAAUGUAGUAAAACGCAAUGAAGACAAAGAAGCAUGGAAAAUAAUCAGAGGGAAAUUUCUUGCAAUCAAUGCGGCAAAUAUGAGCUGUGCAUGUCCACGUAGCCCUAAAGGUCUUUCACCUUCUGCUCACCUUGCAGAUGGCUGUACUGAUCUAAUAGUAGUACACAAAUGUUCAAGGUUAGAGUUUUUGAGGCACCUUUUCAGACACACAAGCAGUAAUGACCAGUUUGACCUCACAUUUGUGGAAGUGCAUCGAGUUGAGAAGUUUAGAUUCACACCAAAGCAUUUGGAAGAUGAAGACAGUGAUAUCAGGGACAUUGGGAAGAAACUUUUUGGGCAGAUCUGCAGAGAUCAUCCAGCCUGUGGCUGUUCUUCUAUAAACAGUAUUUGGAACUGUGAUGGAGAAGUCUUAGAUGGAGCAGCCAUUGAAGUCAGGGUCCACUGCCAGUUGAUAAAACUUUUUGCAAGAGGAAUUGAGCAAAGCGUAACCCCUGAAAAUAUUCAGAAGUCCUGUGCUGUGUAACAAAUAAGGAGCAAAGACAUCUUUGAACUUUCUAUUGAAAGACAAGUUUUUAUACUGAACAAACACUGAAAAGCAAUCAGUCUUCAGUGGCAUUAUUUAUCACAAAAAAUGUUGAAAUAUUUGAUAGACUAAUAUCAACUAAUAUUUAAUGGCAAAUAAGAAAAAUUAAAGGUUUAUUUCCAUUAUGUGGUAAUUGCUGCUACUGUUACUAAACUUGAAUUGCUUUCAGAAUUGUAUUGAUAAAAUUAUGUUUGACCAACAUUUAAUUUUACAAAGCUUUAAGUUAUGCGUUAUGGUAUGUAGUGCUUCUUUUUGAGAGUAAUGGUCAAACCAUACAUGAUGACUCUUAUCUUAAUGGUUGCUGCCUAGAACUUUUUUCAGCAAUUUUGGCUUCUGUAGAUAUUACUUUUAAUAGGAUCUCAUUUUUAGCUUAGACUGAGCUUUCUUUCUUUAGCUCUGUACCUCAUAACUUAACAAUGCAAUCUCACUGUACAUUCCGAAGAAACUUUCCAUCUUAGUAAUUAUUAUAGAAAUAUAGUUUAAGUAUAAAUAUUUUACUAAUUAUUGAAAGAAAGUAUAUACAUAAUUGCAACUUAUUUUAGUGAAUAUUUAAAAAAGAUGUUUUACUACUUAAAUGUGGUGUUGUAGAAAAGGAAAGCUUGCUGGACUUUGCUUUACUUAGACAUAUGUUCACUGUGUGAAUUUUGUGAAACUGUGUGCACCACAUAUUUGAGAAAUUGUUGACCAUAUUGUAAACUAACUCAGCUGUGCAAUACAAUGAACAUCUUUUGUAUUGUA